UCUAAUAACAUUUACAGUUACCGUUGAUUGUUGUUAUUAGCAACCGAUAAACAAAGUACAAAAAUAUUUGCAGUGGUUAUAUUUUAGAAAAUAAAUAUUAUUAACUUAUUACAUACUUGUAAAAAUAAUUAUUAUUGAUUUUUCUAUAGUUCAGCUAUAAGGUACUCAUCCAAACCGCUGUAGUAAUUGAUAAGGGUUAAGGAAGUUACAAAAUGCCUGCGUUCGAAGCACCAAGUGUUGAACUGGGCAGUGCUCCUCAGACGCCGAGUAUAGUUGCGUCACCUUCACCAUCAGAAAUCUCAAGCGCCAGUUCUCCAGAACCACCGAUUAUACGAGCUACGCCUUUAUUUAGAGCCUUGGCUAUGCCCCCUCCGGAUCCGGAUCAACCACCAGGCCAGGAAGAAUUAGAGCGACGGCUUCCAGGCUACAGACGCAUAAUUAUUCCACGAGAACUGACUUUGAUAGAGCUUUUGAAACAAAGCAGUGGUGUGACAACUGAUGAUGAGGUCUUGCGCAUCCGAGAGGCUAAACUUCGUGUUGUAGCAGAUCGAGUUGGCUUGAGAAGACUACACGUUCUCUCUCCAAGACUACGUAUUCUCACGCUAGAUGGAAGCGCACUUUCAUCCUUGCGCGAUCUUGGUAUCGGUUUAGUUCAUCUCAAAAUUUUGAGUAUAAACCGUUGCGGUUUAUCGAGCUUGGACGGCGUUUGGGGAUUAGGUAAUUUGAGGGAGCUGUUUGCUGCUGGAAACCGCAUCCAAGAUUUACAACCUCUGGCCGCAUUACAGAAACUGCACACUUUAAAUCUGGCUGACAAUCCCAUAUCGGACUCUGGUCGGCUUUGGACGCUUGGAGUUUGCAGUUCUCUUCGGAAACUGACCCUCACAGGAACUCCUGCGGCUGAUGAUGUGGACUACCGUUCCCGAGUGGCUGCUGCACUGCCGAUGCUAGUCUACUUGGAUGACAGACCUUUGCAUACCGAUGUUAAUUAUUCUGAUGAAGAGUUCGGCCCAGGAUCGUCAUCUUCGGAGAGUGAUGAUGAAGAAGAACCAGACCUAUUGCCAAAACUAAACAGUCCACCGCCAGCUGAACCCGAACCUGGACCUUCGACUAUGCCAGACGAAAUACCAGAAGUUCAUGAGGGUGGUUACACUGGCAAUUCCAGUUUUGAUUGCGAUGCUUUACCGACACGUGUUCGAAGACGUCCAGCCACCACGGAGAAUGCUGGUGUCAGACCAAUCCGCCCCAACGUCCCGCCGAGGCCAAAAACUGCUCAAGACAGACGACAGAACUGUGGAGAUCAACGGACUAGACUUGAGAUACUAAAUACGCUUUUGGACGAUGAGUGGUUAUGCAGCGGCAGUAAGCUGACCUCUUUGGAUGCUGUCUGUGGGAAUUUAGCAAGAGCUUUGCGUCGUAACUCUAGCGCAUACCAACGUCGCUUUAAAGAUGCUGAAAAGGAAUUGGUGGAACAAACGAUGGAAGAUGCAUCAAGAGCGGUAGCAGCCGAAAUACCGCGAGCACCACGUCUAGAAGAUUGGGUUAAGUUCAAAGAAGAAACAGGGAUUGACAUCGAUAUAAAUUUUAAUGAUAGACCAAAAUGUCCUGAUCCCACAAAGAUUCUUGAACGUCUCGAGAAAAUAGAGAAGGAGACUCAAGAAAGAAUUAAAGAAGAAACAUUAAAAGCAAAGUUUAAAAAUGCAGAUGGAAGCUUAAGCGGUGCAGCUAGCUUAUCAUAUUUGCCAAACAGUACUACGUUCGAUACGAUGUCGACUUUAAAUAAUUAUGAAAUGUUUCACACAGAUUUAGUUGAUCUACCAGUUAAUGCAAACAUAGAUACGUUUUACGAUGGCAUUGAUGAUUUACAUUCAGUUAGCAGAGAAAGGGUUGGUUACUCCGAUGACAAUGAUUCACUAACUGACUAAGAACAAGAACGACUUUCCCCAACGUGGCUUGAUAUUUUACCUAGACAUUUAGUUCUGGUCUUGCUACCUUAUUGUAGACUGUAGAAGAUUUAUUUUACUAUCUCGAUUUACUGCAACGACUUUCCUUUCGGUUUAUUAGUGUCUGUGAAUAGCGAUAGGUACAGCAUAGAUGCAAUGAAAACUUCCGAAGUGAUAAAAGUUUAAAGAGAAUUGAGAAAGUGCUAAUGAGAAUUUGUAACUUGUAUUAUUGUAUUUUACUAUGGUCAUUGUUUUAGUAGAAUAUUCUACCAAUUUUGGUUCGGUUUUACCUGUAGGAAUUAGGUGGCCUACUUGGGUUUUGUUUUGCGUAAAACUCGAAUACCGCAGAAAUACGUUAAAUGGUGAUUUCAUAUUUAUUCCGUGACAUUACUUUGUCACGAGGUCACGAUGCACCUUGCUGAUUUAACGAGUACCUAAAACAGAAAGUUGCAGUAGGAAAUUUCAUUGCGUGGGUGCAUAAAUAAACCAUGGUUUUCUUAUUAAAUAUGUUGUUAUAAUCCACCAGAAUUAUGGAAUGAAACUCUUAAGAUUUGUUACUUGUUUUACCGUAUGAAAUGCAUUUUUCGUUUCAAGCCAUGCUCAGAGGCUCAUAUUCAUGAGCAGCAUUCCGCGACAAUAGGGAUGAUGACUGGGUCAAAAAUAAAUUAUUACAACUUUUCAAUACAAUAAAAUAUUCAAAAAUAAUCACACUCUCAUUCAUAAAUUUUAUGAACUACUUAAUUUUCGAUUUUUUCUAGCUAAAUUUCUAGAAAUAAGUCUGCUAUAUGACGUCAAAAACUUAUGACGUCAUAAUAGAGUAUUUCAUACAAAAUUCAUAGAAAAUAUCGUUUUUGACGUUUCGAAAAAAGUAUUGAAUUUGACUAGUAGGAAACUAGCCAAUUGCCGCCUCAUCUGUCAAUAGUUACGCCAGUAAGCCGAUAGCAUAAUAAUUAAUUUUCUGAAUUAGUUUAAUAAUAUAAUUAAUCAUUCAUUAAUAACGAUAUUAAUCAUGUAACCUUGUCUAUUUUGUAAUUAUUAUGAGUUAUGAAUGAUACGUCAUUGAAUGGAUUUGUUUAGUUUUUCGUUUUUGUUUAAAACUUUUCAGCGAUUCUUAGUAUUUUUGACAUUUUCUAUGAAAGAACGGACAUCAUGUUUAACGCGGUUAUUCGCCUGCUACAAAUAACGUAAAUAAAUUAUUUUUAUUAUAAGUGUUUCUUGUGUUUGUUAUUACAAUUUAUGAAAAUAAAAGUUUAUUGAUCGUU